CGCCGAGGGAGGCGAGGGAGCCGCCGCCGGAACGUGAGCGGCGCCCGGAGGGUGGCCCGGAGCUGCGGGUAACGCGCCGGAGCCCGGCGGCUGGAGCGGGCUGCGCGGGGCGACCUGGCGGGCGAGGCCGGCCGGCCGGCCCGGGGCACGGACGCUCCCGGCUGGGCGCGCAGCGGCGUCCCCGCGGCGGUCCCGGUCCCCGGGAGGCGGUGGCCGCGCUGAGCCGGGUCCCGCGGCGGCGCCGAUGCCCCCGAAGAUGGAGAAGUUUCUGCAGAUCGCGCCGCACUCCCUGGCCAUCGUGCUGGGCCCGGCCGAGGGUCCGCCGGGGGAGAGGUCCCGGGCCGCCCCGCCCGCGCCCCCGGCCCAGCCGCGGCAGCUCGCCCGGCACCACAUCGGCUACGAGAUCUUCGCCGACUUCAAAGCCGAGAACAUGCAGCACUUCUGGAACAGGAAGGUCACGGCCGCCGUGGCGGAGACCUUCUUCCUGGGCUGGAUCGACGAGCAGGUCCUGCUGGUCCAGGGCAAGGAGGAGCACCUGGAGGCGCUGCGCGAGGGCUGGGCGCGCCGGGCGCUGCGGCCGCCCGCCGGCUUCCACAUCCGCUGCCUCGGUGGCCGUAAAAAUGUUUUUAUGAAUGACCUCACUCCGGCUCAAAGAGAUUUCCAGGAGAGGCGUGUCGGUUUCAUCGCAGUAAAGCAUUUAGGAUGAACUUCCGGACCUGAGGCCUCGCUGGGGUAACUCCGAGGCUUUGCAGGGAUUUGUCCCUUUCACCUCCGACGCCUUAAUCCUAAUGAUGCUUGUCUCCCUCUCGAAUUCGAAGGUGAAAUUGCUGGGUGUCCCCAGCUUCUUCUUAAAGGGGCGUGACACCGGAAGGGCAGCUGUCUGCGUCUCGUGCUGCAUUGAAAACACUCGGGUGCUUUCGUCCUGGGGUGGAGCCCAUAUUUUGGGGUAAAAAACUCACAGAGGUUUGUUAGGUACAAACUACUUGCUACAAAAAAUUUGAAGCAUUUCAUUCUGCAUAAAAUACCUCACAGCGGGAUGCGUGACCGCUUUUAAAAAUAGGAUUUCGGUAUAUGUCUGGGCUUUGGCAUCGUCUCUCAGAGUUCGGAGAUUGUGCUUGUGUUAUUGGCCUACUCGCCUUACUCGUUGGUAAAACAAGCUUUCAACCCUUCUAUUCUGUAAAUCGCUGAACACAUAACGUAAUCGCA